AUGGAACAGGAUGAAGUUGAUCUUGAGGAUGGAGAGAUUUCCAAUGACUCAGAUUCAUAUACUCCUCUGGAACGACCCAGUGAUUAUUCAAAAACUCAACCUUUACCGAGACUUCCAGUACGUAUAGACGUAGAAUCAGAAAGUGAAGAGGAAUAUCAAUCCAAUGAUAGUGAUAGUGAUUCUGAUCCAAAUAUGAAAGCCAGAAAAAAGCCUAAAAUAUCCCUCAAGCCGAUGCAACAGUUACGACCUAGAAGACCUAAGAGGUAUGAUAUUUGGAGCAGUAGACUACAAGAAGAAACUUUAGCAGCUACUCUAGAUAACUGUGAUGUAGACAAAAAAGAUAGAUCAAGAGAUGUAGAAUCAUAUGAUUAUACUAUAGCUCAAAGGUACUACAAUGAUGAAGAUGUAAAUAGGUUUAGUCAAGUCAAAGAAAGAACAAAUAAUAAAAGAACCAGAAGUGAAAGGGAUAACAUUAAUUUAAGGCAUAUACAGAGAUCAUCUAGUGAUGAUACAAGUAGAGGAGAGACCAGAAUCAUACCUGACUUGAAAGUUACAUCAAAUAAUGAAGCAGAAGAGAUUGCCAGUGAAAUUGCCUCUAAAUUGAAUGAAGAAAAAGAGGAGUUAAUUUUACGUGUCAUCAAUAUUAUGGGAAAACAAAAAGCUAUAGAUUUAUUUGAGGAGACCCAAAAAGUCGAGGAAGAAGGUGGAAUGUUAAUUAUGAAUAAAACCCGUCGAAGAACACCAGGUGGUGUUUUCUUGUUCUUGGUAAGACACGAUUACCAUAUUACGUUAGAUCAAAAAAAUCAAAUAUUUGGAGAAGAGCGACAACGGUUUAAACAGUACACAAAGAAAAAACAAAAACAGAAAAAUUUGGAACGGAAAAAAGCGAUUCAAGCUAAAAAUCCAAGAAUAUUACCGGAACUUCUGACACGAGCAGAAGCAUUCUCGACUGCGAAUUCAACAAAGAAGAAUAAAGAAACCUGUGAUCAAGACUUCGUCAAUCCCCCUCCUACACCAGAGACUGAUUGCUGCGACAACAGUAGAGAUGGAAUGGAAGGUUCUACUUCGCCCGUUAUAAACUCCAACGACGCACUGAAUACCGAGAGAGGAGGACUCAAUAGCUACGACGAUGAUUUUCUAGAUCUUGGCUGUGCUGCAGAUAUGGAACUGUUUUAA